ACUCCUCCCACCUGCUAAUAUUUACUUCUUUGAACCCUUUUAUAUUCCCUCCUAGCUCCCUAAUCCACAGCACUUCAAAAUCUCUCAACCCUCUUCUCUGUUCUAUCUCUUGGUGUUCUUCCCAGAAGCUAGACACAAUGCAGAGCAAAAGAAGCCAUGUCUCUCUUACCAUGCUUGCACUUCUUGUUGUGUUGCUUUCUCAGAACCUUGUGAUCAUUCCUGUAAUGUCCUCUACUGUUGGAGAGCAGAAGAACUAUUACACUCCAGAUCCACAUGCUGGGACUCCUCCCACAGGUUUCUCUGAUUCUCUAUGCUCACACAAGAGUCCUCCUCCAUCUCCUCAUCAUGGCUCUGGAGGUGGCCAUGGAAGCACUCCACCCUCACAUGGAGGAGGUGGAGGUUACUACAACCCACCUUCAUCACCAUCACCACCCAAAGGUGGAAACUGUGGAUCUUCACCCCCACAUGACCCUUCUACUCCAACAACCCCAUCAACACCACAUACACCAUCAACACCUCAUACACCAUCAACUCCAACACCAUCAACUCCAACACCAUCAACCCCAUCACCAUCAACCCCAUCAAACCCUCCAGGUGGGUACUAUAACUCCCCACCACCAUCUGGAGGAGGUAGCCCCUCAUCUCCACCAAUCUCUUUGACCCCACCAAGCACCCCAACUGACCCUGGCACCCCAAUUGACCCUGGCACCCCAAGCAUCCCCUCACCCCCUUUCUUCCCUGCCCCAUCUCCCUUCACUGGCACAUGCAACUACUGGAGCACUCACCCAGGAAUCAUUUGGGGAAUCCUUGGCUGGUGGGGAAAUUUAGGGAGUGCAUUUGGUGUGACCAAUGCUCCAGGGUUUGGUGCUGGUAUCAGCUUGCCUCAAGCACUUUCCAACACAAGAAGUGAUGGGCUAGGAGCACUCUACAGAGAAGGCACAGCUUCCUAUCUCAACUCCUUGGUCAACAGCAAGUUCCCCUUCACAACCAACCAAGUCAGGGAAAAAUUUGUGGCAUCUCUUCACUCAAACAAGGCUGCAGCAGCACAAGCCCGCCUCUUCAAGAUGGCCAAUGAAGGAAAGAUGAAGCCAAGACCCUGAUCUAGAUUAAGUUUCUUUGGUGUGUCAGUUUAUUAUUGAGUUAAGAACAACAUUCAAUCUCUAAGGUUUCUGCUAGUUUGUGUUUUUUUGUUUAAGACUCCCAUUUUGUGCUGAUUUAUCUUGAGAUGGAUCUCAUUUGAAAUUGAAUGCAAGCUUUAUGGUUUUAGUUU